UUUAAAAAAGGAUAGUAAAUUUUUAAACUCGCUGAGUUGACCUCGAGUCAACUCACUCACUCCCUACCACUACUCCCCCUAUAAAUACUGCUUCCACCUAACUUUUGUUAUUUUAUUCUUGAAACAGAAACUAUCGCCUUCUCAACUCUCUCUCUCUCUCUAUCACGAGAUUUUCUCACUCUUUCUCUCUCUAAAAUGUCUCAGUCAACCGCAAUCUUCGCUACUUUCAUGGUAGCCACUUUGUUCUUCAGCUUAUCGAUUGCUCAGUCUCCGGCCAUAUCUCCAGCAGCAUCACCGACCAAAUCUCCACCGGCGGCCACUCCUCCACCGGCUCUUGCACCGGCCGCUAUUCCUCCAUCUCCGGUAGCUAAACCACCGAAAUCUUCACCUCCUCCUGCCAUCGCACCUUCUCCGUCUGCAAUCGUACCUUCACCUGCUGCGAUCGCUCCUACUCCUUCCACCGUCGACUCUCCUCCGUCUCCUCCUCCCUCUUCGAGCGAUUCACCGGCAUCCUCUCCGGCGGAAGGUCCCUCGUCGAUCUCUUCUCCUCCAACUGAAGCACCUGCUCCGUCUAAAAAUGGCGCUGUUCUCAACAGACUUGCUUUCUCCGGAUCGGUUGCAGUCGCUCUCUGCGCCGCCACCGUUUUGUCCAUGUAGGCUUGUGGAUCUGAUUUGAUCGGAUCUUUCUUUCUAUUUUUAGCGCUUGAUUAUGAUAUCGUUUUUUUUUUGUUUUUUUCUAGGAUGAUUAUAAUGUCGUUUAGUUUUUUUAUUUUAGUCGUUUUUAUUUUUUGACGAUGAAACAUUGUGUUUUAGUCAAUUUAUCAUAAAUUAUUUUAACUCUUGUGUUUCCUAUUUUUCUUAAUUAUUAUUAUUUAAUUUUA